GACCCCAACCGGAAGACGACCUCCCGCAACCUAUUUCGCACCUCGGCACUGGACGGGCUCCGAGCGGCCCCUCGGGGGGCCGCAGCGCUGCCGGGUUCGGCUCGGGGGGUGCGGGUGGGUGCUAAGUUGAACUAUGAUUGUCAUCCCCUAAUGGCUGACAACUGGGAAAGCAUCACUGGAGAAGGACCACCAAUGAGGCAGACUUUGCAGAAAGGUGAAAGGAGAGGAUCUGUUGCAAAAUGUGAAAAUGAAAGGGGGAAAGUCUACAGGUACCACUGAUCCCAGACAACCUUUGUAACAUGUGUGUUUGCCUGGUAAGUUUGCAUUUCAGAUCACAUGCGAAUAAACACAGCUCAAGGCCCAAACAAGUGACUGGCCCAUGAGAAAGGGCUCAUGCCAGCUUGGGAGCACAUACAGACUGCCUCUUGCUUCUGCACGUAGCAAGAAACUUGUUUGUGAGCAACUGCUCUGCAGCUGCAACCAGAUCUCCCUGCUUUCUGUGAAUUAUGCUUUCUUGUCUCCUGCUGUCAUAAAUACAGCACUGAGAGGUGGUGUGGGCACAGCUGCCCUUGCUGAGGUGAGUGCCUCUCUAUUAAACUGGUGUAUAUUAACUUGCCUCCGUGUAUGUUCUUUGGGAUUGAUAAACCUUAAGCAGAAGCACUGGCCAAGUUUGUAAUUACUAAGUUGAGGCUCAGCUCGUUAGCUGGUGCUACCUGCAGCAAGGUGAGGGUGGGAUUGACACUGAAAGAGUCAUGGCUGCUUGUGCUGCUGUUCCUUGUGGCAGUCUGGUUUAGUAUAUUAAGUCAUUGCUUUCUGUCAGCAGUAGUUGAGAGAGCUGAAAGCCAAAGCAGUCAAAUAUUUUAGGUUUAGGUUGGAUUUUAGGAGGAAGUUUUUCACCCAGAGGGUGGUGACGCACUGAACAGGUUGCCCAAGGAGGCUGUGGAUGCCCCAUCCCUGCAGGCAUUCAAGGCCAGGCUGGAUGUGGCUCUGGGCAGCCUGGGCUGCUGGUUGGUGACCCUGCACAUAGCAGGGGGUUGGAACUGGAUGAGCAUUGUGGUCCUUUUCAACCCAGGCCAUUCUAUGAUUUUAUCAUCUCAGUAGGUACGUGUGCUCUGUGGUGGGUGUUGUGAUAACAGCUAGAAACAUAUUGUAAGGAGCUUAAUUGGCAGUGACCCACCACGAUGAAAAGGUCAGAUUUCUCCAGGCUUUGGCCUUUGUGAAAAUUGACCUACUGCUUACUGGGGCUCUUUGCAAAAAUCUGACUUCUCAGAGUUUCGUUUUGUUGUGAAGCUGUUUCUGUCUUAAUAAACAAAGGUGUAUUUUUUGUAAUGUAAAGGAGGAUGCAGGAGAGCGGUUGCAUAACUGUCAGGUGUGUGUAUGCAUUUAUACCACUUCAUCACCAUAAAAUUGGACAAUAUGAGCAGAGUAAUCACAGAAAAAUAAACAGCACCGAUACAACAAGCUGGAGAAACACACAUUUCCUUCUAUCCUUCAAAUAUGCAGUCGAAUUAGUUAUCUUAUCUGCACUGAAAUUAACGUUUGAGGAACGCAAUGUGAACCUGGAGAGCAAUUUCUUUGUUUUUUAACAGCUAAAGAGGCACUUCAGCAUGGAGGAACACACCUUGUCUUGUUCCUGCCACUCUGCUACAUGAGCUGUUGUAACACAGAAUCUCCUUUAAGCAAUGACUGAGUGCAGAUGGCGUAGCUGAAGGGUAUGGCCCGUGGCUCUGUCACAGCACGGACAGCUGAUGUAAAUGUAUACCUUCCCUCCCACCGACACUUCCUUUUCAGAGCAUCCUAUGCUUUUUGGGCGCUCACAGAUUCAUUGUAACAAAGGGGGCCGGUCGGCACAGAGCCGGAGCUGUGGAUCGCCCUUCCCAAGCAGCACCAGGGCAGUACCCACAGUGUUCCCAGCGUCCCCUUUCUUUUAUGGGGUUGUUUUAUCCUGACUUCUCCCCCCCUCCCACCUUCCCAUUGGCGCUGCAGGGGAUGAGGUGGAAGAGCAGCGGUUCCCGGCAGGCGGAGGUGCGUCUCCCUCCCGCUGUUAUGCCGAAGAUGGUAAAGAAAGGUUCCCAUCUCGUUGGAAGGUAGAAACCCAAACCCUGCGCUCACAAAAGGAGCCCCCCGCUCCGAAACUCUCAGAUCCAAAACGCAGGAAGAGCUGCUGUCCUUACGACAGAGGAGAAGCGCAUAGCAGCAAGUCGCUGGCCCGGCUCGGAGCGGCUGCUCCCCGUUACGGCUCCUCUCUGCAGUCCCGUGAGGCCGCAACGACCCCCCCGGGCUGAGCCGUACCGCCCCGCGGCGCCGCCGCCGCUGUCCGGGCGGACACACCCCGCUCACACCGUCCCGGCGCGGCCGGCAGGGGGCGCUGCAACGCGGGGCGGGGCCGGGCCGGGCGCUGCGGGCUCCGGGCGGCGCCAUGAAGGACUGCGAGUACCGGCAGAUCCCGCCCGGUGCCGCCGCUCCGGGCCCCGCCGCCUCCCCGCCGCCCGCCGUACCGGAGCGCCCCGGCGAGAACCCGCGGCCCCGACGGAAAUGGGAGGUGUUCCCGGGCCGCAACCGCUUCUACUGCGGCGGCCGGCUGAUGCUGGCGGGGCACAGCGGAGUCUUCGCCCUCACGCUCGGCCUCAUCCUGGUCACCAGCGGUCUCUUCUUCGCCUUCGACUGCCCCUUCCUUGCCCGACACCUGACCCUGGCCAUCCCCAUCAUCGCAGCUGUCCUCUUCUUCUUCGUCAUCAGCUGCCUCCUCCAGACGAGCUGCAGGGACCCCGGGAUCCUGCCCAGAGCCACCCCCAGUGAGGCUGCGGACCUGGAGAAGCGCAUCGAUGCCAUGGGGACCUCCACGUACCGCCUGCCGGCCCGCACGAUGGAAGUGGUCAUCAACAAGUACGUGGUGAAGCUCAAGUACUGCUACACCUGCAAAAUGUUCCGUCCCCCACGCACCUCUCACUGCAGCGUCUGCGACAACUGCGUCGAGAGGUUUGAUCACCACUGCCCCUGGGUGGGCAACUGCGUGGGGAAGCGCAACUACCGCUACUUCUACGCCUUCAUCCUCUCCCUCUCCUUCCUGACGGCCUUCAUCUUCGCAUGCGUUGUCACCCACCUCACUCUGCGCUCUCAGAGAGACGGAUUCCUCACCACUCUGAAGACAACACCUGCAAGUGUGCUGGAGCUGGUGAUUUGUUUUUUCUCAGUCUGGUCUAUUUUGGGCCUCUCAGGUUUUCACACUUACUUAGUUGCCUCGAACCUGACCACGAAUGAAGACAUCAAAGGAUCCUGGUCAAACAAGAGGGGCUCAGAGUUUGCCAAUCCUUACAGCCAUAAAAGUAUCCUCACAAACUGCUGUGCGGUGCUGUGCGGACCGUUCCAUCCCAGUUUGAUAGACAGAAGAGGGUUCAUCCAGCCAGAUGUGGGGACGCCGGCCAGUCCAAAGAGCGAAAUCCCUUCCCUUGGAGCCAAACCUGACACCAGCAUGGUAGGAGGCGUGCCGUAGCGGUGCCGGGAUGUAGCCCAGUGCCCACCAUGCCUGCACCUAUCUCCAGCAGUACCUUCCCUUCUCACCAUCUCCCUGGCCUCAGGCAGGACAGCCUUGUGAUGCAGAGCUGCCAAAGACUCAGUCGAGCCAUACGUUGCCUUUUUUUUUUUCUUUUUUUUAAUAUCAUCAUCAUUAUUUAUUUAUUAUUUUUGUUUCUUCCUUUCACUGUGAUGUGACCUGCCUGGACUUCCGACUGAUGCAGGACCCCGGGGCUGCCUGGUGCCAGUAAGCAGGGAUCCCUCCUGCACUUGGGAAGCAAAACGGGUCUGGGGAGAGCCCUGAGCCUGGAGCAUCGCUCUGGGGAGCGGCUGCGUGCCCUGUGUGGGGUGGUGAGGGGCUGAGGAUGGGGCGUGGGGCUGGCAGAGGGAUCCUGCUUGGAGCUGUGCUGCUGAGCCUUGUCUGCUAGGCUGGUGCAGGUGGAAGCUCCCCGGUGCCCCUGCUGUAUCCAUGAACGCUUCUUGCUCCUCCGUGCCAAUGCAGAGGGGUUGCUGUGUGUCUUAGUGGCCAGGUAUUCGGCUUGACCCGCUGCCGGAGUGGCUUUUCUUUUCCAGCAGCUGCUGUGCCUUGCUGAGUUGUGGUUGUGCAGCCGUGGGAGCCGGCUGGGUGUCCCAGCUGCUGCUGGCCCUGUAUUCUGUGCGCUCACUGGGAGAGCGCUGGGGAGAUCUUGGCGUGUUGGCUCUGGCAGUAAGACAAAGCUUUGCAGCAAGGGCACAAGGUAGGAGGACCCUCACAGUGAGGAAGAAGAAACGCAUACACCAUCCUGCAGCUCUCCUUGUGAGAAGCUCCAGCUGUGAGGUUUGGGAUCCCUAACAUGCCAGGGAAGCCUGGCUGCCUCUGGCCUGUAGGAAAAUGGGAAGCUGCAGGAAAGUGGUGACUUCCAAAGGGCUGUGCUGUCCCACGUGGUUACACAGAGGGAGCAGCAAGCAGGUUCUGAUCUCUGACAGCCUCACAUCGUGCUCUUGCUUUGGGUUUUGGGCCAGCACAGAGCUCAGAGCGAUCCAUGUGAGCCGUGGUGCAUCGUUCCCAGCCCAUGGGUUGGACUCCCAGCUCUGCAGAUUGCUGACAGGAGCAGUACAGGGGGAGCCACAGGCCUUGUUAGCAAUACUUGAAUCGCGUAACUAAAAGCUGCUGGAUAAUUUUGCACAAUUUGUAGAUGUUUUUUCUAUGUAAUGUUUUUAUAUUCGACCUAGAUAGCGUUGUGCAUGUUAGCGCCAGGGUGGAGCCUUGCAGGGCUUUGUGUCAAGCUGCCUGCUUGGCUUUCCUGGGAGUUGCAGGCAGGGGUCUCAGCCUGGGGUGGGGGCAGCCUGUCCUGCUGAGUUAGCCAGGGCUGUGCUGUACGCAGCAGGUGACCGAGCCAGCCCACGUGGAGGGCUGCCAGCUCGCCAUGGCCACCAGCUUGCCUUCCCCUCUGCAAAGAGCCCGGCUGGCCCCAGGUGAGAGCGUGGCAGCUGCUCCAUUUCUGCUGCAUCCCCAGCAGAUGGCCCUCACUGAGCGCUGUGGGAACUGUGUGGCUCCGUGCCAUCCCAUGGGCAGCGUGCUUCAGCCUGGAAGCCUAAAAACCACCUUGGCAUCCCGGAGAGGCUGCUGUGCCCCCACAUCCCCACUGCUGCACGGCUGUCCCAGGGGUUUGCUCCUGCCGGCAAGGGCUGAGCAGGAGGGCCUGGGGCCAGGAGAGCGGUGUGCAGGGCGUCAGCAGGGCCCAGGCUCCUUCCUGUUCUUAUUGAAACCGGUUUCCUUGAUUACUUGUUGUAAUAAAAUUAUAUUUUUAAAGAGUUAA